GUUCAUUAAUGUUUACAAAGGGUCUUAUUCCAUCUACUUGUAUAUUCUAAUUUUUCGAAUGGUACUUGAAAAUUCUGCUGAUACAUUGAAAAAGAUGAAAGAAGAACACGAGACAUACGAAAUUUCGAGAAUGUUUCAAGGUGGAGAUAGAACUGUCUCAUUAUUAGCCAUGGUGAACACUGAAGUUCAAAGACCAAAUAAAGGGAUUGGAUAGGUAUCCUUUUAACAACUGAAAAAGAUGAGAAUGUUUUCAUUGUUAGCUUUAAAAGCACUAGUAGUAACAAUACUUGGAGAAGAUAUUAUUAGGUAAAGG